CCACACUCACUGAAAUUGUAAACACUUCUGUCAUUGCCUGACCUGUUAGCUGGCUAAGCUAUUUUUAACUCUACAGGGCACAGGCCGAACCUGAGGUUGGGGUGGAGAAUUUGCCUCUGCUUUUAGUUUGUCUUCAAGUGAGGUGAAAUUAAGGGCAAUUUAAAAAGAGUUUUUGGCUUUUUGUGUAGCAUAUGUGUAUUCAUAGGAUAGUGAUAUUUGCCUGAUAGGUGGAUUUUUCUUUUUUUAAGUAGUAUGUGUACUGGUCAAGAAAUAGAAUGUUGCCAGCCAACGCAGAAGCCCAAAUUUCAAGUCUUCUGUUCCCUCAAAGAGACUCUACAGGGGCAGGUAAUUCACUGGUCCACAAGCGGUCUCCUUUACGUCGAAACCAAAAGACCCCAACAUCCUUGACCAAGCUGUCUUUACAGGAUGGACAUAAAGUCAAAAAGCCAGCAUGUAAAUUUGAAGAGGGUCAGGAUGUCCUAGCUAGAUGGUCAGAUGGCUUGUUUUAUCUUGGAACUAUCAAAAAGAUAAACAUAUUGAAACAGAGCUGCUUCAUCAUAUUUGAAGACAGUUCUAAAUCCUGGGUUCUCUGGAAGGACAUUCAAACAGGAGCCACUGGAAGUGGGGAAAUGGUCUGUACAAUAUGUCAAGAAGAGUAUUCAGAAGCUCCCAAUGAAAUGGUUAUAUGUGAUAAGUGUGGCCAAGGAUAUCAUCAGUUGUGUCACACACCUCAUAUUGAUUCCAGUGUGAUUGAUUCAGAUGAAAAAUGGCUCUGUCGACAGUGUGUUUUUGCAACAACAACAAAGAGGGGUGGUGCGCUUAAGAAAGGACCAAAUGCCAAAGCAUUGCAAGUCAUGAAGCAAACAUUACCCUAUAGUGUGGCAGACCUUGAAUGGGAUGCAGGUCAUAAAACCAAUGUCCAGCAAUGUUACUGCUAUUGUGGAGGCCCUGGAGACUGGUAUUUAAAGAUGCUACAGUGCUGCAAAUGUAAACAGUGGUUUCAUGAAGCUUGUGUGCAAUGCCUUCAAAAGCCAAUGCUAUUUGGAGACAGGUUUUAUACAUUUAUUUGCUCUGUCUGCAGUUCUGGACCAGAAUACCUCAAACGUCUACCAUUACAAUGGGUAGAUAUAGCACACCUAUGCCUUUACAACCUAAGUGUUAUUCACAAGAAGAAAUACUUUGAUUCUGAACUUGAGCUUAUGACAUACAUUAAUGAAAACUGGGAUAGAUUGCACCCUGGAGAGCUGGCAGACACACCAAAAUCUGAAAGAUAUGAGCAUGUUCUGGAGGCAUUAAAUGAUUACAAGACCAUGUUUAUGUCUGGGAAAGAAAUAAAGAAGAAGAAGCAUUUGUUUGGGUUGCGAAUUCGUGUUCCUCCUGUGCCACCAAAUGUGGCUUUCAAAGCAGAGAAAGAACCUGAAGGAACUUCCCAUGAAUUUAAAAUUAAAGGCAGAAAGGCAUCCAAACCUAUAUCUGAUUCAAGGGAAGUAAGCAAUGGCAUAGAAAAAAAAGGAAAGAAAAAGUCUGUAGGUCGUCCACCUGGCCCAUAUACAAGAAAAAUGAUUCAGAAAACUGCUGAGCCACCUUUGGAUAAAGAAUCAAUUUCAGAGAAUCCUACUUUGGAUUUACCUUGUUCUAUAGGGAGAACUGAGGGAACUGCACAUUCAUCCAAUACCUCAGAUGUGGAUUUCACGGGUGCUUCCAGUGCAAAAGAAACUACCUCGUCUAGUAUUUCCAGGCAUUAUGGAUUAUCUGACUCCAGAAAAAGAACUCGUACAGGAAGAUCUUGGCCUGCUGCAAUACCGCAUUUACGGAGGAGAAGGGGUCGUCUUCCAAGAAGAGCACUCCAGACUCAGAACUCAGAAAUUGUAAAGGAUGAUGAAGGCAAAGAAGAUUACCAAUUUGAUGAACUCAACACAGAGAUUUUGAAUAACUUAGCAGAUCAGGAGUUACAACUCAAUCAUCUAAAAAACUCCAUUACCAGUUAUUUUGGUGCUGCAGGUAGAAUAGCAUGUGGUGAAAAAUACCGAGUAUUGGCUCGUCGGGUGACACUUGAUGGAAAGGUGCAGUAUCUUGUGGAAUGGGAAGGAGCAACUGCAUCCUGACUGUAGGACUGAACAUUAUGUUCACUGCACUCUCAUUUUCUGUAGGUACAGUUCAAAGCCCUAAAGGAGUCUGGCUUUUACUAUCUUUCUUAAAAAAAAAAAAAAAAAAGGUAAAAAAAAAAAAAUCACAUAAGGAGAUAAUACUAGCCUUAACAUGUACUUGUCAAUGUUAUGGAUAUUGUCAUAAAAAGAUAUCUUUUAAAAAUCAGAACAGAGACUUAAUUUUUUAAAUCUUAAGAUUUGUAGAAUGUUUCUAGGAUAGGAUAUUAAAAAUGAUUCAAACCGAUGCAUGGUGUUAGAUAAUUUUUCUAAUUAUUCCAUUGAGUCAGUUUUUGUGGUUAGUGGUUAUCAGAGCAAACCUAUCAUGUAGAUAGCACAAGUAUUUGGAGAAACAUUGUCUGUUUUGUUACCAAAAUGUUGGAAAAAAUUUAUUUCAAUACCUUUUAGAAUUCAUAAAGUGCAGUGUAUAUAAUGCCUACUAAAAGACUGUAAAAUAUUGAAAUUUUCUUUCAAAGUGUAAAAAAUAUAUUGAGCCUGUAAAUUGCUCUGUGACUAGACUUCAUUGUCGUCUUAAUAUAUUCUUUGCAUGUACAUAUAUAUACACACGUGUGUAUAUAUAUGUGUGUGAUUGAUUAUGUGACCUAUGCAAUACAAAUUAUGGGAAUGGGCAGCUUUGGAGUAUAUAUCCCAUAAUUCUUUUUUCAGGAAUAGUUGCAGUAUUUACACAGCAGCAUUUCUUCUCAGGCUUUUAUUGGGUGCUGUUGCUUGCUAUGUAUGAAGAGAAAUGUGUCAAACAAGUUUAGUGUGUUCUGAAGAAGGGUGUGAACAACAGUGUUCAUGGGCUUUUUCGAAUGCUUUUCACUUUCAGUCCUUGUAACUCAGCUGUUCAGUACCUAAAACAAAUUCAAAUAGUAUGAAUAUUAUCUCCUACUAGAAGUAACGUUUUCAAGUUUUCAUGGCACAUUAUGAUUGUAAAUGUCUCUCAGUUUUAACAGUAAGUCUAUAGGAGUCCCGUGAAGAUUCCUGAAACGUCUGUAGUAACUGUUAGUCAUGUUGAAUAAGUGUAGUAUGAACAAAGUAUUUUAUUGCACAGGGUUAACAAACAGUAUGUUGCCUGCAGAGGCAACUGCUGUUUUAUUACAACAUUACCUCUUGUUUUUAUACAGCGUACCAAGAUUUAAAUUGAUAACUUUAUUUUACAUGUGUUAAAAAAAAAAAAAACAGUUUCUUUUAGCACCAGUGUUAGAGCUGUCUUCUGUUUCUUUUUGUUUUGUUUUGUUUGUUUGUUUUCUUUUUUAGCCAAAGAGUAAACAGAAGAAUAUUCUUAUUUUGGUGGCUAUUCAUUUUACUCUUAAAAGUGAUUGGUGGAUUUUAGCCUAAAAAUUGGAGAAUUUGCCACCAAAAUGAAAAAUAUGUAAAGUGUAGUGAUUACAGAGCGGUUAAAAAUGUGGGUUAGUACUUAUUUAUUCCAUUGAUUGAUUAUUUGACUGUUUAUAAGAAAGUUGCUUUAUUUCUUUAAACAUCUUCAAAAGAUGACCUUUUCUUGUCACAUUAUAGCCAAAAGAAGCAGAGAACUUCGUAGUCCUGCAUUUGGUUCCUGGUUGGCCAGGUAUAAAUGAGCUUUACAAAAGUGCAAAUUAAGAACUGUCACUUCUGUUUACCUCCACCAAAACUUGAUUUUCCCCUAGCUAUUAAUUUAAAGUUGCCUUUCCUGCAGCUGCAAUAUUUUGAAUAACACACAGAGUUUGUGUUGAUUUUGAAUGUUUGUUUAUAUCUAGGGGUAAUGGAAAAUGUAAAUCCCGUGUAACCUUAUUCACUCCACGUGUAUCAUAUUAUUUCAUUUUUCCCAAAGUCCUUUAAUUCUAACUGAACACCAGCAGUAUUUUUAGUAAUUCUUUUUUUAGCAUACCUGGAAGAUGAUUUAUUAAGCUGAACUGUCUUUAGACGUAAUUAUUGUGAAUGUCUGUUUUAUUUUAUCAUGGUGGUUCACAUGGCUCUGAUGUUCAGUUUGUAUUUUUGGAAUUGCUUUACUUAGAUUAAAACAGACCAACAUUAAAUGUGUGUAUUUUUUAAAGA